GUUGGUCGGCUGUACUUUAUUAUAGCAUACCAAGCAAGUUUCUAUAGUCUGUGUGCGACUAUAUAACACUCGGCGGACACUUGUUGCUUCUAAGAGCGUAGAGCACCCUGUAAAGAAAUAACAAUAAGAUCAUACAAGAGGUUAGUCUUAACCACAGUUAUUCCAUUCUCAGUCAUGGCUAAACACACUGUGCUUGUGAUUGGCGGCGGUGGCAGAGAACACGCUAUAUGUUGGAAAUUGGCCCAAUCAAAUGAUGUUGACCGUAUAUAUGUCAGUCCUGGCAAUGUCGGUAUCUGUGAGAUAGAUAAAGUUUUUUCGGUACAUUUAAAUGUUAAAAACAAUAAGGAGAUUGUGGAGUGGAGUAAAAGAAAUGAAGUAGACUUUGUUGUUGUGGGUCCAGAGGAAUACUUGGCAAAUGGUUUGGCAGAUGAAUUAAAGAAUGCUAAUAUACUAUGCUUUGGACCUGGAAAGGAAGCUGCCAGGAUUGAAUCUGACAAAGAUUGGGCUAAAUGUUUUAUGGAUAGACAUAAUAUUCCUACUGCUAGGUGGAAGGGAUUUAUUAAAGCAGAUGAUGCUAAGAAAUUCAUUAAAGAGUCACCAUUCAAAGCUCUGGUAGUUAAAGCUGCAGGUCUGGCAGCAGGCAAAGGUGUGGUUGUAGCAGCUAAUAAACAGGAAGCUUGUCAGGCAGUAGAUGAAAUGCUGACCGAUAGAAAAUUCGGCAGCGCUGGCGAAAAUGUUGUUAUUGAGGAACUCCUGGAGGGGGAGGAAGUAUCAGUAUUAGCAUUUACCGACGGAAAAACUGUUGUUAGCAUGGCUCCUGCUCAAGAUCACAAGAGAAUAUUCAAUGGCGAUGCUGGUCCAAAUACCGGGGGUAUGGGAGCUUAUUGUCCGUGUCCACUCCUAAGUCAAAAAGACUGGGAACUAGUGAAAAAAAAUGUACUUCAAAAAGCAGUGGAUGGCUUGCGAAAAGAAAAUAUUCCGUUCGUUGGCGUACUUUACGCUGGAUUGAUGUUAACUCAAGAUGGUCCUAAGGUUUUGGAAUUCAAUUGCCGAUUUGGUGAUCCUGAAACACAAGUUAUUUUACCAUUGCUCAAAUCUGAUCUCUUUGCCAUCAUAAAGGCCUGCUGCACUGGCACCCUCACUGAAUCUCACGUAUCCUGGCAUGAAAAUGUUUCGGCUGUAGGCGUUAUUUUAGCAUCUAGGGGUUAUCCAGAGUCCUCGUCAAAGGGACAAGUAAUAACUGGAGUCAAAACUGUAGCAAUACGACAAAAUCACUUCGUCUUCCACAGUGGUACAAAUCGAUCCAGCACCGGUGACUUAUUGACAAACGGUGGGCGAGUUCUGAUAGCCGUGUCUCUAGCACCAUCCUUGGCGUUAGCAGCCGCCAGAGCAACCGCAGCAGCUCAAAGUAUACAGUUUGAUGGAAAACAAUUUAGAACUGAUAUCGCGCACAAAGGAAUCGCUAGAUCCAUCCUAAGGGAUGGUGUGCUGACGUAUAAGAGCAGCGGAGUCGACAUUGAAGCUGGUGAUUCUUUAAUUUCUGCCAUUAAACCUGUUGUCGGCGCUACUAAACGACUUGGCGUAAUUGGGAGUAUUGGUGGAUUUGGUGGGUUAUUUGAUACAAAAGCUGCUGGUUACGUGGAUCCACUCCUCGUUUCUGGAACUGACGGUGUUGGCACUAAACUCAAAAUAGCUAUCGCAUGUGGUAAACACAAUACGGUUGGAAUUGACUUGGUUGCGAUGUGCGUCAACGAUGUUCUUGCGCACGGCGCGGAACCCUUGUUUUUCCUUGAUUAUUUUGCCUGCGGUCGCCUCGACGUUGAAGUUGCUACUGAGGUCAUCGCAGGGGUUGCUGAGGGAUGUAAAAGGGCCGGUUGCGCCUUGGUUGGUGGAGAAACGGCGGAAAUGCCUUCCAUGUAUGGCGAGGGUGAAUAUGACUUGGCUGGAUUUGCGGUAGGAGCUGUGGAGCGAAAAAAUUUACUUCCACGAACAAGUGAAAUUCAACCUGGUGACAUUGUCAUUGGUCUCUCGUCCAGUGGGGUACACAGUAAUGGAUUUAGUUUAGUUUCCAAAGUACUGAAGAUUGCCAAUAAACAGUAUUCCGAUCCGGCACCGUUUUCAAACAUAGGAAAAACUAUUGGGGAGGAACUACUGGAGCCCACUAAGAUAUAUGCAGUUGGAGUACUUCCUGCCUUAAGAUCUGGUUAUGUUAAGGGAUUCGCACAUAUCACUGGUGGUGGUCUUACUGAAAAUAUACCACGAGUUUUGCCAAAGGAUACUGGCGUACUUCUUGAUGCUAAUAAGUGGAAUAUUUUACCUGUUUUUGGCUGGUUAGCCACUGUCGGUGGUAUAAAUCGACAAGAAAUGCUGAGAACUUUUAACUGUGGCAUUGGUGCGAUUCUCAUUUGUUCUGCGGUAGACGAGAAGGAAGUUCUGAACACAUUAAGAAAUGAAAAUCCCACGGUUAUUGGAAUGGUAAAAUCUCAUAGAACUACUGACAUAGAAGACAGAGUACAAGUAGAAAAUUUUGAAAGAGCAAUAGAAGUACAUAUGAAGAAACACGUGUCCUACCUAGUCUCCAAUCUUUGUAAACCCCUGAGAAGGGUUGGAGUUCUAAUAUCUGGAAGCGGCACUAAUCUACAGGCUCUAAUAGAUGCUACGCAGGAUAGGACACAACACAUAGGAGCAGAGAUCGUUUUAGUCAUUUCCAAUAAGCCUGACGUUGAGGGAUUAAGACGAGCACAAAAAGCUGGAAUAAAAACUAAGGUAAUAAAACACGUAGACUUUCCAAACCGUGAGACCUUCGAUCAGGCAAUGGAUGCUGAGCUUGAAGCAGCUGGAGUAGAAAUUAUAUGUCUUGCUGGCUUCAUGCGAAUACUGUCUGAACCUUUCGUGAAAAAAUGGAGAGGAGCCAUUAUCAAUGUGCAUCCUGCAUUAUUACCAUCAUUUAAAGGAGCACAUGCUCACAAAGAUGCUCUUGCUGCUGGUGUCCGAGUGACUGGAUGCACUGUACAUUUUGUCGAGGUCGAUAUAGAUUCUGGAGCAAUAAUUGAACAAGAGGUAGUUCCUGUACUACAUAAUGACACUGUAGAAAUUCUUCAAGAAAGAGUGAAGGUUGCAGAACAUCGUGCAUUUCCAAGAGCUUUACGACGCCUAGCGACAGGAGAAAUACGCCUUAAUGAAAAUGGCAUUCUUGAAUGGAAUCAUUAAUUAUCACUUUAUAGAUCUUUUACAUGAGUCUAGUCCAUAAGGCGCCAUUCGGAAUACAUUAUAACUGUACAGUGUCUCAUUUAAAUAAUCUUUUUGCAAGCUUUAUUAACAGUUAAAAUACCAUAUUUUACAGUAAAGUACUCAACAAAUUUUUAUAUCCA